CAACAACAGGUUUUUCCAUACAUCACGCCGCCCGUUUUCCACACACUCUACUCCCAGACCAGAGUCUAUAGAGAUUUUCCUCCAGACACCACCACCAUUCAUCUCUUCCUAACCUUUUAAUCAUUUGAAUCAAAUUCGAAAAUGCAAUAUUGAGUGGAUUUGAAUUCCAAGCAAGCAACUACCAGUAGCCAAGUAGUGCUACGAACAGCAUUCCCAUCAUUUGAGUGAGAUCGUUUGAAUGAAGCGGACGGUAUCACAGACAGUCUGUCUUUUUUGUCGAAUUAAAAAUAUUAAUCGUAUUUUAAGUUGCUUGCUACAAAAUUUGCACACAUCAAAAAGUACUGUUGAGAGUUGUCCACUGUCCAGUCGAACAAAUAAUUUACCUACUUUAUUUUUUUUGUAUUUUUAAUUAGUCACUAUAGUAACCCAGUAAAUUAAUUUACUGACAAACGAAAUAAAAAAUACAAAUAAAAAGAAAUCGAAUUCGAAUUCAAUUUCUACUCUUGUUAAAACCCGGUUUUUAUGAGCUGAAUUUUCCAUCGCGGAAAUAUAGUUAAAACGUGUUCCGCCUUCGUCGCGCCAUUGGAUUUGGUUGGAUCCAGCGAACAUCGUCGUCGUCUCGACCGUCGAAGUUGAGCUCGAGUGCUGUUUCAUGUUGUUGUUCUAAUAUUUGUUGAAUUUAAAUUAAACAAACGGAAAACCUGUUUUGUGUUUACUUUUAUACAAAAUAAUUAAAUUUAAAAAGAAGAAAACACAUUUUCAAUUUAAUUAACGUUUUAUAGAAAUUAUUCAUGCUAUUUCAAGCUUGGUAUUUAAACCAAUAAUUCAAAUUUAAUUACCUAAAGGAGUUUAACCUGGAUUUCCCAUAUUGUUCAAUCUAAUUAAGGAAAUAGAAACACAAAGACGUAUUCGCUGAUAGAAAUUAAUUGGAAAUUAUACAUCGUUCUUUGAAAAAAUGGCUAACCACUGUUCUCCUAGCUUUAACUUAAAAGCUCUUUCAAUUCCCUACGAUAUCGAAUAAACACCUGUAAUGGCUACCUGCUAUACUAUCAUGCAACUUUAAUCCUUCAAUAAAAACUUUUUAUACCUACUUUUUCCAUAAAAAAAACUAUUAUAAGUUCAACUUUAUAAAAAAAAUGCCACACUUAACAAAAUCUCUUUUCUACGUCAUUGUAAUAUUUCAAAUUUUGCUAAAUAUCACAUGUAUAAAUUCAGCUGUCAUAAGAAGAGAACAACGAUCAAUAACAACAAAUGGAACAUCAUUCGGAAUUUCCGAUAAAGAAUUAGAUCCAGCAACAGCGAUAGGAUUGGAAAAUGAUGGAAAUUUGUUACUUGACACAUUAUCAGUCACAGUCAAAAAUGAUGAUGGUACAACGACGGAAAAUUCGGUGCAAGAUGCUUUAGUAACUACAACAAUAGUUGGUGAAGAUAAAAACAAAGAAGAUACAACAUUGACAGGAUUAAGACUUGAUGAAAACACAGUUGGUUUGUCCACUGAUACUCAGCAAGAAUCUUCAAAAGCUCCUAUUGAAGAUGGUUUCAAAAAUAAGUCUGAAAAAAGUAAAAAUGAAGAUUCUACAACAACUGAAAUAGAAGAUAAAUCCACAUCUAUUAAAAUUUCAGAAACCACAACUAAUAAAAUUCCAGAAACAACAACGAUAUUAGCUAAUAUUGAAAAUGACACAACUACCUCUAAAAAUGAUGAUUCAAUAACUAUCGAAAUUGAAACUUCAACUAAUUUAAAAGCUAAAUCAAUUGAUAAAGCUAAUAACGAAGAAAAAUUGGAUUCAACUGUCAAAAAUUUAGAAGACGAUACAACAGUAUUAUCAACAUUGCUAGAAAAAACAACAGACAGUGAUCCAAUUAAUACAACAGUGGUUCCAAAUUUAACUACUUCAACCGAAAAAGCAACUACAAUCUCAGUUGAAACUGAUUCAACAAUCAAAACUACAGAAUCAGUAACAAAUUUUAAACUUGAAGAAGUUGAUAAAGUAACCGAACCGUUACAAGUACAAAAUGAACUCGUUGAUACAUCAACUGAAUUAUCUGUCAAUGAUAUUCCCAAAACAUUUGCUACAAAGAAAAACACCGAAAAUUUAAUUGAAGAUGUAACAUCCACUGAGUCAAUUUUAUUAAUCAAAGAUCAAUCCACAAUCAAACUGCCAGUUGAUACCACUCAACUUCCAACAUCAACUGAAAUUUCUGAUCAACAUGACAUUAAGACAAUAAUUCCAGACUUUAAAAGGUCAACAACAAACGAAACAAAAACCUCUAAUUCCACUUCGACUGAAAAACGUGGUAAAUACAUUGCUCACAAUUAUAGUUCCUUAAAUGAAUUUAAUUUGCCAAAUACCAGUGACGUUUGGGCACUUGCAGGCUUGAGAACUGUUGGAAAGGCUAAAUCUUCUGAGCUUCAAAAUAGUGUUGAGACUUCUGAAGAAAAACCAGCCAAUACUUCGAUGGGAACUAAAAGUCUACAUGAUUGGACUCGUGUUAUGGAGACUACACAUGAAAUGGAAUCGAAAUUAAUUCCAAAAAUAGUGGAAACUGCUGAAGAAAGUACUACUGAAGUAGUCUCACUUACUUCAGCCACUACUAAUGCUGCAGAAUCUAAAACAACUGUCAAAUUAAUAGAAGUAGCUACUGAAAUAACCACUGAAAAGCCCGACAUUGAGCUUGAAACAACCGAAUCGAGAAUGAGUUUAGAAAAUGAAGUUGAACUUCCGACAACGAAAAUUGAAGCAGAACCCACAACUAUCAAAUCUAUCAGUUCAACUACCAAAAUUGAAGAAGAACCCACAACUGUCAAAUCUAUCAGUUCAACAACCAAAAUUGAAGAAGAAACCGUUCCCAACCCAACAGAAUCUCAACAAACAACAAAUAAUGAUUUAGAGACUUCAACUGUUAAUUAUGAGAACGCUGACAAAACUACAAUAGAUGACAAUCCGCCAAAAGAUACCGAUUCCACUAUCCCACCAACAACAACAACAACUGUCAGUUCUUUAAAACCUUUAACUAUUCACGAGAAAAUUAUCGAAGAAAACAAAGUCGAUGGUGAUAGUUUUGAAAAAGAAACAAUCUCACUACAACCAACUACGACCACAACAAACCUAACCUCUAUACCUGAAUUAAUGACAGUGAAAAGUGAAACAACCGUGGAUUCACAUGUCAAUAAUGGCGAAAUCACUCAAGAAGUAGCAAAUGCCGGCACGACUUCUUUGCCAACCACAUCGUUAUCAGAUUUCACUACAUCGAUACCAUUUUUGACAUCUACAGUAGCUAUAACAAAGGAAACAAUGGUGAUUAUGACAGAUGUGACGACGACAACCGCUCCACCUGUCACAUUUAAUAUGGAUUAUGAAGAAAAUGCUACAAAAAUGCCGUCACAAACAACUUCUCCAGCUCCAGUGACGAUAGAAUUAUCAUCAUCUACAAUACUACCACAAACAACACCUACAACAACAACUACAACAACGACAACAAUACCAGCUGUUACUGUUAUGGCAGCAACAACUGAAACACAAACAACGACGACUGAAGCACCACCAUCACAUACUCCCUCAAUAAUCAACAACAACAACGACAACAACGAAACGAUGAUGAUACAAAAAACCAACAAUAACUAUAACGAAUACGAGGUAGUGAAUAAAUCGACUGAAAAUUACGCUGAAAACAGUUCUACCGAAGCUUUUGAAGCUACCACACGUGUCGGGUCGCAGCCGUUGUCAACAAAUAACGCCGCCGAAGAAGAUAUAAUAUCUACGACGGAAGUAGAUAAAUUAGAUGACACUUUAGAAAUCACAACUGUAAUUGUAACAGAUUUUGAAGAUAAUAACGCUUACGAUAUUGAAACUACUACUGUCAAUAGUACAGUUAGUACAGUGGCGCCCAACAAAACUUAUUCAAUCGAAACGGUUACGGUUAGUAACGCAGCUAGUAACGCAGCAGCUGUCAAAACGUCAACCACUGAAAAUUUGGAUCAUAUUGAUCCGAUUCAUAAGAAUUCGGAUAACGCCGAAACGUCAAUCGAGAGUAAUGUCAUCGAUCCAUUGCAAGUGGGCGGCGAAACAUCUACGACGGCAACAACUACAACAACAACAACGGAGGAAAGCAAUAAUCAAGAGAAUAUGAAAAUGCAUUCUUCAACUGAAAGGGGGAAUGAUGGGGAUGGGGUGGAUUCUAUCUUUUCGAUAACAACAAAAUUAUUAACAACAACGACAACAACCUCCACCACCACUCCGAAUUAUGAUGAAUCAGCAACAACAUUGGAAUCGAUAUCGACAAAGAAAGAAGAUGUAUAUUCAAUUGUUCCAACAAUUGACAAUGGCAGUGGUGGUGGAUUCCAUGUUCCAAAAUUGGUGCUCGAUGAUACAACCACCUUAAUGCCACCUGGAGAAAUUGGUAUUGGUAAUGGCUUACAACCAAUGGACUCACCAGAAGCUCAGGAAACUGAUGUCAAUGUUAUAAUUGCCAUAUCAGUUAGUACAGUGGGUAUUAUUGCCCUCAUAUUGUUGGUGGCAUUUUUGUAUGUGAUGCGGAAGAGACAAAAGCAAAUGUCAUAUGGACAAAGAUGUCGACCGGUCAGCUUGGAUGCGUAUAGUCUAGAUAAUGUUUCAGUGUAUAAUAGUGUGCGGAGGAAGGGGGCAACAUUGAGGGCGUCCAAGCGUUCCUAUGGGAAUGUUGCUUUUGAUGAUCCUUCGCUGCGACACAAUGUUUUAGGCACGCAUGAGUUGGCUAGGUAUGUGGAGAAGAAAUCGAGCAUAUGGGAGGAGUUCAAAGAGGUGCCACAAAUAAUUGCUAGGGCUGAUGAAGUGCCAGCAGGAUGUGAAGAUAAAAACAGGUACGCCAAUGUUAUACCUUUGCCAGAGACACGGGUAAUACUUCAGCAACAGAACGGCGAUGAGAAGAGCGAAUAUAUUAACGCCAACUAUGUCAGGGGUCCAAAAGAUACAACCAAUUAUUACAUUGCAUGUCAGGCACCCCUUGAAACUACUGUCACUGAUUUUUGGCGAAUGAUAUGGGAACAAAAUUCUCGUGUCAUUAUCAUGGCAACUGAUCUCAUCGAGAAUGGCAUUGAUAAAUGUGCCGAAUAUCUGCCACCAUCGGUGACACUUGACAAUCAUACAGUUUUCGGUGAUUAUCAAGUUACUUUGAAACAUCGAGAAGUCAAGGAGAAAUAUGCUAUUUCAACAUUGAUGCUAAAGAAUACUGUGAAUGAUGAGAGUCGAGAAAUUACACAUUAUUGGUAUCAGUGGCCUGAAGCCGGAGUACCCACCGAUGAGGCAGCUAUAAUUGCUAUGCUUCUUGAGGCAAGAAGUUCACUCAAAGCUUAUACAAUUGAGCAGAGUGAGAGUAAAAUUGAAAAUUCUACAGGGGAAGAUAAUAAUUCAUCGGGGAAGAAUGAAAUUAAUGGAAAUGUUACUUCGGAGAAACCUAAAGUAUCUAUCAAGGAUCAAGGCCCCCUCACUAUUCACUGCUCUCCAGGUACGGGCCGAACUGGAACAAUUCUAGCUUGCGACAUUGCCAUGCGUUGUCUGGAAGAACCAAAACGCACCGUUGAUAUACCACAAAUUGUCUAUAGCGUACGAAGAGGUCGAGCUAGUGCUGUCCAAACUAAGGAACAAUACGAAUUUAUUUACAAAGUUACCCAUAUGUAUGCAACGAAAAUUUCAAACAUAAAUAAUGAUAAUUAAGAAGAAAAAAAAAUUAAAUUUAAGGCUCUCGAAGUUUAUCUUCUGUAUUUUGUAUUUUUAUUAUUUUUGUUUAAGCUUUAUUCACAAAAAAAAGAAAAAAAGAAAACAGUGCUUAGGUUAUAAAAUUUCCAAAAGAGCUAUAAUGGUAUUCCUCUCUAUUGUGAUAUAAAUAUAUUUUUUUUAAAUUUAAAUUUUAUGUUAAUUAAUAUUUUUUUUUUUGUUUGCUUCGCCGUUUGUGUUAAUAUAAAUAAAAAAAAAAACGUAGCCCACAUUAAAUUUAAUAAAUUCUUGGGUUUAUUAUACGAAUUAUGCUUUAUAUUUACAUAGAACAUCAUAAAAAAAACAUAUUGAAUGAAAACUUGCACAUAAAAUCCUUUAUGUAUAAUGUGUUAAUUAAAAUGGUAUU